AUGCAAACAUAUGGAGUUCUUUAUGAACUUUUGGAGAAACAACCAUAUUUAUCUCAUGCUCUUGUUAUGGGAGGUGCAAAUAGACAAACGGAGGAACUAAGGCUUUCUAAAGGAGUUUCUAUCCUGGUUGCAACACCUGGACGUUUACUCGAUCAUUUACAGGCAUUUUUUAAUUUUUUUCAGAAACUAAUUUGUUUAGAAUACUCAAAGUUUUGUGGUUAA